AUGCCCCAGCAAUACCAGGCCAAUGCCUCGACACCAAUAAACAUUCCUAUAGGAUCAGGCGCCAAUCCCGGAGAUAAUCCAGCUAAUCCAUUUGUCCCGGACCUUGAUGACAUGGCAGAAAUGGAGAAAGGAAAAAUAGAUAUGGCAAAACAACUCGAUAAUCGGUGCAAAUGGCUCGAGGAAAAAUUCAAAGCAAUGGAAGCUACUGAUUACUGUGGCAGGAUCGACGCCAAGGACUUAAGCUUGGUCCUAGAUCUGGACAGUUUGACCGGAUCUGCGGCCAAGUGGUAUAACCAGCUCAGCCGUGCCCAAAUUGGUUCAUGGAAGGACUUGGCUCAAGCUUUCAUAAAACAAUACGGUCACGUGACGGACAUAGCACCUGACAGAAUCACCCUACAAAACAUGGAAAAGAAGCCGAGUGAAACCUUCAAACAGUAUGCACAACGGUGGAGAGAAAUAGCGAUGCAAGUUCAGCCACCCCUCUUAGAGAAGGAAACCACCAUGCUAUUUAUCAACACUCUAAAGACCCCAUUCAUUAACCACAUGUUAGGAAGUGCUACUAAAAGCUUCUCGGACAUAGUAAUGUCCGGGGAGAUGAUAGAAAACGCGGUGAGAUGUGGGAAAAUUGAAGCGGGAGAAAGUGCCAAAAGAUCGGCUCCUAGAAGGAAAGAAAGUGAAGUAAACAAUGCAAGCAUAUACAAUAAAAGUUAUUCCAAGCCAGUCAUAGUGAGCCAACCAAGGGCAGUGACUACUAGCCAUCAGGGCCUUACAAAGCAGGAUUCCAACCCAAGGCCUAACACAGAAAGAGUUCAAUUCACACCAAUUCCAAUGACGUAUAAGGAGCUUUACAAGAACCUGUUCGACGCACAUGUAGUGUCCCCAUUUUACCUAAAACCCAUGCAACCUCCAUUCCCUAAGUGGUAUGACGCAAACGCUCAAUGUGAAUACCAUGCAGGAAUUUCGGGACACACAAUUGAAAACUGCACGGCCUUCAAGAAAUUGGUCGAAAGGUUCAUAAAGAUGGGCAUUGUGAAGUUCGAUGAUCCCACAGGACCUAAUGUGGCAGGAAAUCCGUUACCCAGUCAUUCAGAUGAAGGGGUAAACGCGAUAGUCGAAAACGAAGGGAGGAGAACCAAGAUAGAUGUAUCAGAGGUAAAGACUCCAUUGAAGUGGGUUUGGAAGAAAAUGGUAGAAGAAGGUUUACUUACACAAGGUUUAGGGGAGAAGCCCGAAGGAGCAAAAUACUACUGCGAAUAUCACAAUAAAGAGGGUCAUGAGAUCCAGGAGUGCAAUGAAUUCAGGGCAAUGGUACAGAUAUUGAUGGAAAAUAAAGAGAUUGAAUUCUUUGAGUAUACUGAGGGCCUCGAGGGAGAAGACGUGUGCACGUCAGAGCAAGGGCCAACCAACAAUGUCCGAGGGGUUAAUCACCCGGUCGUAAUUAUAUCCCGACCAAGAGUCAAUGAAGUCGGAGUACUAAUUGCGCCAAAGGUCAUAAUUCAAAAGCCCGUUGCUUUCCCUUAUAAGGAUAGCAAAAGGGUUCCUUGGAAUUACGACUGCAAUGUAACGAUCCCGGGAGGAGAGAAUCCAGUUGUCGCUUUGGGGAAAGGUCAAGACGAAGGUUUCUAUACACGCAGCGGAAGGCGUUAUACUCCGAACACAAAGGCAGAAUCAGCUAAAGGAAAAUCCGUGGUCAUUGAACAAGAAAAGGAAAAGACGACCAGACCUGGAUCACCCGUCAAUGAGCCUGUAACUGAAAAAGAGGCUAAGGAAUUCUUAAAAUUCUUAAAACACAGCGAGUACAGUAUUGUGGAGCAAUUGCACAAACAGCCAGCUCGUAUAUCCGUACUAGCAUUGCUCUUGAGUUCAGAUACUCACCGAAGUGCAUUGAUGAAGGUUUUAAAUGAAACAUAUGUUGCGGAUGACAUCUCUGUCAACAAACUCGAUCGCCUAGUCAAUAACAUCAGCGCGGAUAAUUUUAUUUUCUUUAACGAUGAUGAAAUACCAUCGGGAGACAUGGGAUCUACAAAGGCCCUACACAUUACCACUCGCUGCAAAGGAUACACAUUGCCGGGGGUAUUGAUUGAUAAUGGAUCGGCAUUGAAUGUCAUGCCCUUGUCCGCGUUAAAUAGGUUGCCAGUGGAUAACUCUCACAUGAAGACAUGUCAAAACGUCGUGAGAGCAUUCGACGGUACGGAAAGAAAAGUGAUGGGAAGGAUCGAGAUACCUUUCUUGAUUGGCCCAAAUACAUACGAGGUAGACUUCUUGGUAAUGGACAUCAAGCCAUCAUACAAUUGUCUGUUGGGGAGACCGUGGAUUCACUCGGCGGAGGCAGUGCCGUCGUCCCUACACCAAAAGUUGAAGUUGGUAACUGAGGGUAGGUUGGUAACGAUAAACGCGAAGGAAGAUAUCAUUGCAUCUCUCACCAGUGAUACACCAUACGUAGGUACAGACGAUGAGGCGAUAGAGUGUUCUUUUCGAUCACUAGAAUUUGUCAAUGCUACAUUCAUCGUUGAAGGAAACAAGAUCCCAGCACCUAAAAUAUCCGAAACCACAAGGAUGGGCCUACGAUUAACUAUUGGCAAAGGAGCUUUGCCAGGGAAAGGACUUGGAAGAUGCCUCCAAGGAAGGAUCGAGGUACCAGUGUUGAAGGAAAAACGAGACCGCUUUGGCUUAGGAUUCAAGCCAGAUGCGAAGCAAAAGAAGAAAGAGCUGGAGAAAAGACAAGAGAUGAGGAGAGCGCGUUUGUGCGGUGAAGAGGUCAAGUGGGAGCCGAUGACCUUCCCUCAUUUAUCCAAAACAUUCAUCUCAGGUGGGACUAUUUACUCUAAAGGAAGAUCGACAAGGAAAGAGCCCGCCGAAGAAGUAUUGGAAAGUUUGAGCAUUAACGCCAUAUCUGAAGGAAAAUCAAGAAAAUUUAGUCGAAUUCGCCUUACAUCCACGGAAGCGUUUUGA